CCCACACCACUCAGUCGGGCCUCACAUAUACCACCACUAUUCCCUCACAUUCCCUUUUCUUUUUCUUCUUUCUUCCUCCUUACCCACCCACACUCCUCCUCCCGCCCCACCGACACGCCCCCUCACCCUUCCCAUUCCUCAUCUCUUUUCUUCAUCGUCUGCUCUCUCUCCCAUCUCCCUGUCCCUCAUUCAAAAGAAAAAAUAAAAAACACUAUGCCAAAGGUCAAGGCCACAAGUGUCCCCUCUAAGAAGGCUGCCGCGGUUGAUCCACCAAAGAAGAAGAUGUCAGCCUACAACACUUUCAUGAAGGAAGAGCUUCCCAAGUACAAGGCUAAGCACGCAGGCGUCGAGCACAAGGAGGCCUUCAAGCAGGUUGCUAUCAUGUGGAAGAACUCGCCGCAGAACCCCAAGCGUGCUCAAUAAGCACAGUGGACAUGAUAGGCGUGCGGUCUUGGACGAUCAAACAUAGUCGCUCCAUGAGACCGUACUCCCUCUGCUGCGACUAUUUGUAGCAGCAACAACCCCUCCCUUUUUUUCGCUCUGUUUAUUACUGUCUCUACCCUCCCCAUCCGCAGUUGCUUGUAAUUUCUUCAAGGCCGAAAAGGUCCUGAUUUCCUUACCCAAAGGAAACAAAGUUGGCAACGCAAUAAAUAUAUGUACGAUAA